AACUGGUUUUUUUAAUCAGAUUUCUUGUUGAUACGUGAAUUGUCUUGACACAAAGUAAAGUGCUGAGACAUGGAAAUUCUACAGAAUAGGCAGAUUGACAAGGAAGAAAUACAAGAACCCGAGGGAUCAGGAUGUGGACAUGGCCAUUUAUCAACAUAGAUGCACGGUACAAGCAUGGACGGUCAGAUUCAUAUCGCGUAGCAACCAUCUCAACCACACAUGACGACAACAAGACAGCUGAUGGAAGGGACAAGUCUCGUAAAAAGGCAAAGAAGGGAGACAAUUUAGAUGAUUUGAAACAGGAAUUGGAUAUCGACUUUCAUAAGAUUUCUGUAGAAGAACUAUAUCAGCGAUUCAGCACAAAUCCGGACACUGGUCUGACACAUGCAAAAGCAAAGGAAAAUCUGGAGAGGGACGGUCCGAAUGCCCUCACGCCACCUAGACAAACUCCAGAAUGGGUCAAGUUCUGCAAGAACCUUUUUGGAGGCUUUGCCUUGUUAUUGUGGAUUGGUGCAAUUCUGUGUUUCAUUGCCUAUUCCAUCCAGGCUAGCACAGUGGAAGAGCCAGCAGAUGACAACCUGUUCCUUGGCAUUGUGCUGGCUGCCGUAGUCAUCGUCACCGGUAUCUUUUCGUAUUACCAAGAAAGCAAGAGCUCCAAAAUUAUGGAAUCUUUCAAAAACAUGGUGCCUCAGUUUGCCACGGUGCUACGAGACGGCGAAAAGCUGACGUUGCGCGCCGAAGACAUUGUACUGGGCGACGUAGUAGAGGUGAAGUUUGGUGAUCGUAUCCCAGCGGAUGUUCGAAUCAUUGAGUCGCGGGGCUUCAAGGUGGACAACUCGUCACUGACCGGCGAGUCUGAACCACAGAGUCGAGGUCCCGAGUUUACCCACGAGAAUCCACUUGAAACCAAAAACCUGGCUUUUUUCUCUACCAACGCAGUGGAAGGUUUGUGUCUUGUCUUAUUUGUACGCUGUGGUGAGCAAAGUGUCACUAGUACAGGUUUAUCUUGGAGUUCUUCAGCAUUCGACUGCUGCUCUAUAUUAUAUUCACUUAUGUAUCAUAUACCAGCCACGUUUGUCCAAAUUCCAGGCGUGCAGUACGACAGGACAAGUCCAGGUUUCAAGGCAUUGGCAAGAAUCGCUACUCUCUGCAACCGAGCCGAGUUCAAGCCCGGUCAAGACGGUGUUCCAAUUUUGAAAAAGGAAGUGAAUGGCGAUGCUUCGGAAGCUGCGUUGCUCAAGUGUAUGGAACUUGCCUUGGGAGAUGUGUUGUCCAUUCGUAAACGAAACAAGAAGGUGUGUGAAGUUCCUUUCAACUCGACCAACAAGUAUCAAGUGUCUGUUCAUGAAACAGAAGAUGCCAAUGAUCCUAGACAUCUGUUGGUGAUGAAGGGUGCCCCAGAGAGGAUUCUGGACAAGUGUUCUACCAUCUUCAUCGGUGGCAAGGAGAAGGUUUUGGAUGAGGAGAUGAAAGAGGCAUUCAAUAAUGCAUAUCUGGAGCUCGGAGGUCUGGGAGAGCGAGUGCUUGGUUUCUGCGAUUUCAUGCUCCCAUCAGACAAGUUCCCUCUGGGGUUCAAGUUUGACAGCGAUGACCCUAACUUCCCGCUUACUGGGCUCCGUUUUGUGGGCCUCAUGUCAAUGAUUGACCCACCGCGUGCUGCUGUACCAGAUGCUGUAGCCAAGUGCCGUUCUGCAGGUAUCAAGGUCAUCAUGGUGACUGGUGAUCAUCCUAUCACUGCCAAGGCCAUUGCCAAGUCAGUAGGAAUCAUCUCAGAAGGUAAUGAAACUGUCGAGGACAUCGCUCAGCGACUCAACAUCCCAGUGUCUGAAGUGAAUCCUCGAGAAGCAAAGGCUGCUGUGGUCCAUGGAACUGAGCUUAGGGAUUUGUCUUCAGACCAGCUUGAUGAAAUCUUGAGAUACCACACUGAAAUUGUGUUUGCUCGGACUUCGCCCCAGCAGAAACUUAUCAUUGUGGAAGGUUGCCAGCGAAUGGGAGCCAUUGUAGCCGUGACAGGAGAUGGUGUAAACGACUCUCCUGCCUUGAAGAAAGCCGAUAUUGGUGUUGCUAUGGGUAUCGCUGGUUCCGAUGUCUCUAAACAAGCCGCAGACAUGAUCCUCUUGGAUGAUAACUUUGCAUCCAUUGUGACUGGUGUUGAGGAAGGACGACUCAUCUUUGACAAUCUAAAGAAAUCCAUAGCUUACACCCUGACAUCCAACAUUCCUGAGAUUUCACCAUUUUUGGCAUUCAUUCUGUGCGACAUUCCACUGCCCCUUGGUACCGUCACCAUCUUGUGCAUUGACUUGGGAACUGACAUGGUGCCUGCCAUUUCCCUGGCUUACGAGGAGGCAGAGUCUGAUAUAAUGAAGCGACAGCCCCGUAACCCUUUCUUAGAUAAGUUGGUCAAUGAAAGGCUUAUCUCCAUGGCCUAUGGACAAAUUGGCAUGAUUCAAGCAGCUGCUGGCUUCUUCGUUUAUUUUGUCAUCAUGGCAGAAAAUGGCUUCUUACCUCAGGAUCUUUUUGGAAUCCGAAAAAUGUGGGAUUCAAAGGCUGUCAAUGACCUUACGGAUUCUUAUGGUCAAGAAUGGACAUAUCGCGAUAGGAAGCAGCUGGAGUACACUUGUCACACAGCUUUCUUUGUGACCAUUGUGGUUGUACAGUGGGCUGAUUUGAUUAUCUGCAAAACACGACGAAAUUCCAUUGUCCAUCAAGGAAUGAGGAACUGGGCUCUGAACUUUGGACUUGUGUUUGAGACGGCUCUGGCUGCUUUCUUAUCAUACUGCCCCGGCAUGGAUAAGGGUCUGAGGAUGUACCCUUUGAAGUUUGUGUGGUGGCUACCAGGCCUCCCGUUCAUGUUAUCGAUUUUCGUCUAUGAUGAGGUGCGUCGUUUCUACCUGCGUCGGAAUCCGGGAGGCUGGCUGGAGCAAGAAACAUACUAUUAAUCUUAGAAAAGGCAAAGCAAGCUCGCGAGUGAAGAUGGGUCCCUGAACACUAGUGAAGAUGGUGGUUCUGAGUUAACAUUCAGCAUUGUACUAGGAACUCUUGAGGGCAUCCAAGUUGUUUUCUCAAAAUUCAACCUGAACGCUUCGCUGGAGCCACGUUUUAGUAGGCAAUUGUUAGGGACUACCACAGAUGGUGCGACAAGAGGACAGACAUGGGGUGGACAGGUGCCCACGUGCUAGGCAACACGAGUAUGCAUCGCAAUGUGUUGGUGCAUGUAGGACCAGGUAGAAGUGCUAGUGCAACUCAAUGCUGGUGGUUCUCAGCCAGACAGCAUUCUUGCUAGACUGUUUCAUCAUAAAGUAUUUUAUGAAUAAGAGUAAUUGGUUGUUAUAACUGCAAGAUGUAUAUGAUUCUGCUGUUAAAUCUACACUUUAAACUUGUUUUAGUUUGUUUAGAUGAGGGUUCUAACUGUUAUAAGGUAUUGAGGCCAUGACGUGUGUGACGGCAAGGCAAAGAUACUUUUACCUUGCCGUUAGAGGUGACAGAUCUGGUCUCGAUAGCGUCUCGUCUGCGUAGCAAGACCCCCAGCAUCACGUCCUCCAGUGGCCGGUGAGGGCGUUAGUCUCGAUGCAGUCGUGAAACCCUACAAAGUUUUGGUAAUAAAAUUGGGAUGGUUACAUAUAUUGACAUUGAAAUUGAGCUAUAUAGAUAUAUACUAUGGAAAUAUAUAACACAUACACAAAUGUUCAUUUAUUAUAGAGUUGUAUGUUGGAAGUUCUAAAAACUUUAAAAAAAACUGUCACAAAUGUAACAAUUGAGUGUACAAAUUAAAAGCCUAAUGAUCCACCAUUCAAGCUGGCAUUGUCCGUAAGUACUUAGUGCAUGGGCCGGGGAGUAGCCGCAGUCCAGCAAGGUCCCUUCCCCCUCAUGCUGUUGUUCACCUUGCUCAAGUUGAGAUUAUCUGCUUUUGUAGCCAGCAGUUUUCCUUGUUUUUCAUCAGCUCUGUCACACACAGUCUUCUCAGUAGUAGCUAUCAGAAGUGUCAUUGUCUUCAAUUGGGCUGCGUGCUUCGACCGGGUCUAGCUACAUGUGGGAAAAAAACAGACCUGGCUUAUAUGGUAGUCUUUCAUAACAUUCCAGACUUCAGAACAGUUGCCUUAAUGGAAGGUGUUCUUAUCGAUUGAACACACACCACAUAAUGUUUUGCCAACAUCCAUUGUCAACUGUUAAGCUUCUAUUACGAGUUAAUUUACCUAGCUUGGUGUGAAAAGUCCCAUCUGUUGCAUUUAAGAAGUUGUUGAAAAUACCAUUACCUUGUUAGAUGUGAUUUCCUGUGCUGGGAAAAGCAGUACAUUGCAUAGUAUUUUUCUCCCAUUUUUUUUCUUUCUUUAUGACAAGUUAUUACAUAGAAGAAUAUGAAUUUUAGAAUAGUGAUCACCAAUCAGUUGUAAGGAUUGUGCUGCAAUAAAUGUAGGUCAUACAAACCCAUGCUUUAAAAAACUGGAUAUGUAGAAAUUAGGUGUGCAUUAGGUUAGUCUAACAGUGUCGUGAAAAGAGAAGGUCACUACACGAAUCUAAUGAUUGUGUGUCUUGUUAAAAAGUGGAGGGGGGGAGGGAUGAGUUGGUCUGUAAGAGAGCAGGCAGAGAGAGAGCAUGGACAAGACUUGGCAACCUUGUUGGAUGACACGUACCCUCCCGCUGGGUUAGCCACAGUUACGGUACUUGAAAUACAACUAACCUUGGACUGGUGAAUGAACAAAUGAACAGUUUCUCUCCCAGCUGACGAAGAGUGGCUGGAAAGUUUGUUUCUAUCAGUUUAAUUAUUAUAUUGUAAAUAUUUUAAAUAUUGAAACUCUCAACCAAUAUUUAUGUUCUGGUUAGAACUUUUCCACCUUCUUCUUGUAUUGGCUAGAGAACAAGCUAUAAAAUAAAGUGUCAAAAAGUUUGGGUGUCAAUAAAAUACACAAAUAAACAGAAUUCUUAAAACACACAUCAGUUGGAUAUAUUCAUUGUUUGACUAGUAACCAGUUAAUAAAAUAUUAAAAUAACUCAUUCUUAAUAGCCAAUCAUCUUGAUUUAUGCAGACUACUUACACCCUGAUCCUUGAUGUGCUUGUUUCGAUGUGGCAGUCUAGUGCGAUGUGAUGCAGUUUUGUAAUAAAACGUUUAUGCAUAUAUCAUUAAUAAAAUAGUAGACAAUAAAUGCAGAACAGUUCAAAUACAUAAGGAGUUUAGUUUUGCAAUAUUAUAUGGCAUUUUGGUGAACUGCCCAGAAUGUUAAUUAUUGUUACCUAACCCCCCCAGCUUUGACUAGAGUAAUUUGAAAUGAAUGUGGGGUAGGAAAUUACAUGUAAUGUUUGCAGAAAUUUGAUGGAAUAAAUACUGCAACAAAAAAACCCACGAAAACUCCAAGAGAUGCAUAGAACUAUGACCAUAAGAUAAAACAUUGAAUGCUGAUACUGAAGAACAGGUAUAUAUGUAGGGGUGGUGGAUGUAGAAUGUUUUUAAACUGUCCAAUGCCAUAUUCCAAGUAGAAUAUAUGAGGUUCAUAAGCCUAGUAGGUCCAUUUGAAAAGCAAAGCUUGUAUAAAUAAUUGUGACAUAUACAUAUUCCAUCAGACAGAUAAAAACUUUUUACUUGUUUUAAUUUGUGAAGUAGGUUAUACAGUUUGUAAGAGAAAUUAAUUUCCCACAUGGACCUAUAGAGGCAGCUUAGAAUAUUUUCAUAGACCUCUUAUCAUUCAUUCAUUGUUGAGUGUGCAGAAUCUAAUACUGAUUACCCUUUAAUUUUCUGGAAGGAAAAUCUGUUGUAAUUGCCUUGUCAGUCAGUCAGGGAUCAUAUUACUCUGUUAAACUGCCACUACAAAAUUUUGUAUACUCAUUUAUGACAGAAAUAUAAAUAUGUUCAAUUUUGAGUCAGUACAGUUAACAGCCUGGUUUUUUGCUCAAUUAAUUUGUAUAUAAUAAAACAUCUCUGAUCCAGUAUCUGUUGAAUUUUGAAAAUAUCCAUUUUGUUUGUUGAAAGGAACAAAGCCAAUGCGUGUAUGUAGGCUUGUGUUAUAUUGGUAACAUGAUACAGUGAAGUUUUCUUGGGAUAUAAACCAUCUUGGACCAGGACAGUUUCACUAAUUUCAUAAACCACAAAGGUGAGGCCAUCCGUUUUUAUUUCUAGCCAGUUUCUGCCCACAAGAAUGCCAAGUAACGCUGGCCUUGGCUCAGGUGUUGGUGAUUAUAUGUGCCUAUUCCCUGUUUAUUCAUGUCUUAAUAAUUCCUAUAUUAUUCCUACUGUUACUAUGUUAUUUCUUUCUUAAAUUAAAACAUUGCCUGUUGACUUUAAAUACAGUUAAACUUCUGGCAGUGCAGCAUUGCCUGAGAAGACUUCAUUGCUGUUGUAGAUUUGUUUCUUUGAAUGCUGAGAUGUGAUGCUUUUACAUCGUGGUAGCCAAAAAACAAGUUUGGAAUGGUCACAUCAGUGUUCUGUGUUGUUACCAUGUACUUCUCUUCUUGAAUUUUUUUUUUCAGUUUACUUCGGAUAUGAAAUUCUCGUACUCUGGAAGCAUCUUUGUGUUUGGUUCAAAUCCAAGUAUUAUUGGUAUGUGACAGCAGUAAAAAUAUAUUGAAAACAAAAAUGAUGUUUCAGAAAGAAAAAGAAAUUAAUAUUAAACUGCCAUAUGGAAUAAUGUUUUCCCGUAUUUGAGGUACGGUGCUAUACAGUACAUUAUGGGUGAAGUGGGUGGAAAGAAGUAUGCUGUUGGCAUAAGAAUGUAUGUUUUUAUUCUAAAAUGAAAUUCUGAAUUCAUGUCUUGGAUAAAAAGGAAUGUUGGGCAUAUUGAAAAUAAACAUUAUUUUGUUUCCAUCUUACCUCACAAAACUCUGAUUCAUUGAAGCUCCUGUGAAAGUGGUUAUUUUUCGUUUGAACAUUACAAAACAAUUUUAUUGUACAUGAGUAUGUUUCUCUGAUGUUCAUUUGUUUCCGUGGUUCAUCAUAAUGACUUGUGUAUGUAAGCUGGUAUGUGCAAAGGCUCUGUUUAUUAAACUGUCUUAAUAUUUAUCUAAAACACUUCCUUUGUUUUUGUUUUUAGUGAGAACUUGGCAAGUAAUCUGGAUUGAAGUGGUGUGAAAAUAUCAGGUUAGCAUUUUAUUUUAAUGAGAGUUUUCAGUAUCAAAAUUUGUUGUAGAAUGCCAUGUUCUUAUGAGAUAAAAAUGGGUUUAUUUUGUGUGUGCUAGAUGUAUACAACAGAAAAAAGUAUACAGUAUAAUCAAACUUUGAUUUUUCUCCUGUGUGCAUCUUUACACUCAUUCUGUUCAAAAUCAUUUAUUAUUUCUGCUCCAAAGGUGAAUAAUUGUCAUGCAUUUAUCAAAUUGAACAACUUCAAAAAUUAACAAUUGCCGUUUGUAUUUCUCAUCUAAUAAUGUAAAUGUUUUUGACAGAUACUACAUGACUUUGAACUAGGAAGUCUAGAUGAGUGCAGUUUUAAUUUAUUUUAUUAAAUGAAGUAUAAUGUGGGACAGCACUUGUUUACCAUACUGUACUACUGAAGACACCUCAGUACAGUUCCUUUGUCAUGUAUUUGUGGAUAAUGCUCCAUUAUUUCUCAUGAUUUAUUUUUAUUUUAUACAUACAGUUUUCUUAGAUUGAAAUUAGUUAUGUUGCCUUCCAUCAUGUUGGUACUUGAUAUUCACCUUCCCUGGUAUGUAUUUCCUGCCCUCUAUUUUUACUGAACAGAUUUCUAUAACUGUAGACUUCUGUGGGAGGUACCCAGUUCAAAUCUCAGCCUGCUUACUGCAGCUGUGGAGUUUGCUUAUUGGAAGCUCCAAGAAUAGAAACUGUGUAAAGAUGUACUCCAGCUGAGCACACAUUUUUUCAAAAUAUGUUCUUUGCAGUUUUAUUUGUUUGAUAUUCAUGUUCAUUUCUUGCAAAAACAAAUCUAUUGUUGCUAGGUAGAUCACACACAUACUGCAUGGAGUCAGAAGUUAUUCCUUGUAUUUUGUUAAAUGUUAACCGUAUCAAUAGUGUUUCUAAUAAAAGUUGUAGAUCUUAA